CGCGUGCGCAAAGAUGGUGGCGUGACCACGCCCAGGCCUGUGCUGGGACCCAGCGUAGCAGGCGCCUUUACGGGUAAGGUCCGAGUGCGACUGGGACAGUCACCUUCAGCUUUUGCAGGCAACCAGAUGAUUUGCCUUCAGGCUCUGAGCCUUCAAAGCACGUCACUUGAUCUUUAUCUGUAUUGGCCCAAGCUCUUCAGUCAAGAAAGCUUAUAAGGCAGCUUUGACUAAAGAUGACGUCCUUGUUUGCUCAAGAAAUUCGCCUGUCUAAAAGACAUGAAGAAAUAGUAUCACAACGAGUAAUGUUACUUCAACAAAUGGAGAAUAAAUUUAUAGACAAAAACAAGGAAAAGGCAUCUCAGAUGCAAGCAGCUGAGACUGCUUUUAAAAGGAACCUUGGUCUUUUAAUGGAUAUAGAAGCAGCAGAAAAGUCUCUACAGACCCGGAUUCACCCAAUUCCAUCACCAGAGGUGGUUUCUCUUGAGACUCUUUACUGGGCAUCAGUAGAAGAAUAUAUUCCCAAAUGGGAACAGUUUCUUUUAGGAAGAGCACCAUAUCCUAUCGGUGUUGAAAAUGAAAAUGAAGCAGAAAAUACCGUUCAGAAUGAGGCGCAGUGAUAACAUCUUCACAUACUCUUUUCAAAAAAACCUGUUUAGUACAGCUGAAUAUUAAAGAAUAUGUGGGUCAUUCUGGGUACCUUAGGAAUCGAAUAUGUUCAUAUUGUCCCAAUACCUCCUCAAUGACAUGAAGAUAGGAGAAUCGGCUGACAAGUCUCAGGUUCUAUCACUUUGAGACCUACUAUUACUUCAGGGUCACAAAUUUGCUUUCUGCCAAUCCCAUGGAAGUGUUAAGAGCUAAUAUUGAAAAGUGGACUGUUUAUUAAGUAAGUCGCUAAAUAAGUGUUGUGUGUGUCAUUUUUUUUAAAAAAUCAUUUAUUGUCAUUCUCAUCUAAACAGUGAAUACUGGUUGUUCUGAUUUUACAUUUUCUAGAAUUGUUUUGGUUAUUUUUUUAUGGGGAUUGGGUUCAGCACAGGAUCCAAGUGGCUGUUGGCCCUUUUAACAAAUGGAAAAAAUAGAGGUCCUUAACUGCUUCAGUAUAGUAUUUAUUAGACAAUGGAUUCAUGGGAUUUUGUCCCGCAUAGAAAAUCAAACCUCUGAAGGUUCUGGAGGAAAGAACUAAACUACAAAGCAUUCAAGAAGUAGCCAGUUUCAGGGGGGCUCAGACUAGUCCUGAAAAGGUCACCUAUUAGAGCUGGGAAUGGUUAUUGGAUUUUGACUUGGUUAUUUAAGGACUACCAACCCUGUGAAUGCAAGUAACUCCUCUCAUCUUUUCAUCUUGAAACUUGCCCUUCCCUCUCCUGUUUUCAUUAUUUCUGAAACAACUAUCAGAAAGCUUUGCGGUUCCUCAGUCCUCCACUGCUGGAGCACUCAAAAAGAUUUUUUUUUUUUUUUCAAUUUUUCUGAUUAUAGAGGCAGCUCCUGCUAGUAAGGGGAGUCUAUGUUCAUUACAAUUCAAGAGUUUAAAAAUUUCAAACUGGUGUGUAUUUUUACAUGAAGACAGUAGGACAAGCUUUUAAAAAAAAAAACAACAACAACAGGCGCCU